AUGGCCAAGGUCAAGAAGAACGAGAAGCCAAAGGCGCCCAAGGCCUCUGCCGGCAGCCCCCCUGCACAGCUACUCGACCUCGUCGAGAACUUCCUUUCGGAUCACUCCUUUGAUAAGGCCCAUGAGAAGUUCAAGCAAGAAAGGGCCCGCAACGGCUGGCAGGAUGCAGAGGCUGAGAAGAAGGCCGGCAAGGGCCACUCUCACUCCCUCGUCAGCGUCUUUCAAACGUGGGAAACCAGCCUCAAGGACUCGGAGGGCAAGGCCAGCAAGAUCAAGGGCGUGACCAAGGUCAGCUCCAGCAGCGACUCGAGCGAUUCGAGCGACAGCGAAGACGAGGGUGGCGAUGUGGACAUGAAGGACGCAGCGGCCGCCGACGAGUCGAGCUCCGAGUCUUCCAGCAGCAGUGAGAGCUCCGGCGAGAGCUCCAGCGAAUCCGAUAGCGAUGAUGAGAAGCCUGCUAAGUCGGCCAAGGCUGCCAAGGACGCCGCCGCCGCCAACCCAUUGAAGCGCAAGGCUCAGUCUGACAGCGAGUCGUCCUCGGACGAGUCGUCAGACUCUGACAGCUCUGAUGAGUCGAGCUCGUCCAGCUCCGAGGACGAGCGCCCCCAGAACAAGAAGCAGAAGGUUACCGCAGACUCUGAGUCCGAGGACGACUCCGACUCCAGCUCAGACUCAAGCUCUGAGUCUUCUGAUUCGGACUCGGACUCUGAUUCCGACUCUGACUCGGAUUCGGACGCUGAAGCCGAGAAGGCUGCCAAUGUCCCUCUCCCCGAGUCCGGCUCCGACUCCGACUCCGGUUCCAGCUCCUCGGACUCAAGUGACAGCGAGUCUUCCGAGUCGGAGGACGAGUCGAAGAAGUCCAAGUCCAAGGCCAGUCGUGCCAAGUCGCCCCUUAAGAACGGCUCGGAAAGCUCGGCCACUCUGGGCAAGACUUCGCCCGAGACGUUCCCCGUCUCUACCUUUGCCCCCUUGCCCCCAGACCCGACCAAGACCAACAACCGUGGCAAGGCGGCGAAAGAGCCCAGGCAGCAGAACGAGCCGUUCUCGCGCAUCCGGAGGGACAUCCAUGUCGACCCCCGGCUGUCCUCUAAUGCCUUCGAAGACAAUGCCCACGGGUGGGGCCAGAAGGCGCACGAGGACCUGAUCGUCACUCGCGGCAAGGGUUUCACCAAGGAGAAGAACAAGAAGAAGAGGGGUAGCUACAAGGGUGGCUUUAUCGACACCAAUGUCCGCAACGGUAUCAAGUUUGACUAG